AUGCCUAAAUGCGACAAUUGUGAUAAGUCCAUAACAAAAAAGUUACCUGGGCUUGAGUGUAACAAAUGUGGAAAAGUAGUACACGCCAAUCAAUUAUGCACAGGCUUAUCUUCGAAGCAGUUAUCUGCGCUGCGCAAUACUGAAAACCUGGAGUGGACAUGCGAAGAUUGUCAUAAAGAAUCGCCCCAUCGUAAGUCUUUUAUAAUUCCGGAGGAUGAUGACGAUGAUACUGAUGAGAACCAACUGGGCAAAAGCGGUUCGGCAGCGAUGAGUAAACUGCUUAGUGAUAUCUCAACAGAGGUAAAGAAAGCAGUGAAGAAGGAACUGGCUUCUGUAAACGAAUCGUUAAGCUCAUGGUGUAUUAAAAUGAAUACUAUAAACGCUACACUAGACACCCUAACGGAAAAAGUUAAAGACUUGGAAAAGAAAAACAUGUACUUGACAAAUCAAAAUACCCACCUGGAAUUAAAAGUUAAUGCAAUGGAACAACAAAUAAGAAAUAUGGAUCAAAAACUGCUGGAUAAUGUACUGGAAAUAACCGGAAUUCCCGAAGGUAAGAACGAGAACUUAGAAGAACUUUCAAGUAAACUAGCCUCGAAGCUAAAUAUAGAGAAACGUCAAGUGUCUAUGGUGAAGAGACUGAAAGGCAGGGACGGCAAAGAAGGUGUAAUCCAGUUAGUAUUGCAACAAGAGGAGCAGGUCAACCAGUGGAUCCGCGCUGCACGAAGGGAAACAAUUGCUAUGGAAGAUAUAAUUCCCAAUGUUACUAAUCCCGAUGUAGCCAAAAUAAGGGUGAUACUUCGACGCGCACUAACCAAAGCAAAUAAAACGCUUCUGUGGCAAGCUAAACAAAUCUUGAAGGAGACGUAUAAAUAUAUUUGGUUCCAGGGUGGUAGAAUUUUGGCUCGCAAAAACGAUAAUGAUAAGCCGAUUAUCAUAAGGAGCUCAUGUGAUAUUGAUAAGAUGUCGAUGCUAAAAGAUCGAUAG